CAGUCGAUUUUUGCUCUCCGCAUAGGAAGUUCCAAGCCCCAAAAUGUGGCAGUCACAGAAAUUUUUCGGUUCUCUAAUUGUUCUUAUGAUCGUGAGCACGUCAAGGGCAGAAAUUUCAAACUGCUCUUACUUCGAUACGGUGGAUGGAGCGGAUCACCAACUUAAGGAUAUUUUAGGGUCUAAAGGGCUAUCUGCUAUGGCGAAGGGAAAUUACAACUUUAAGCUGCGGGCGGACGGAAAAAAAGAGCUAGUAAAAGAGCAUUCAAGAGUCUGUGUUUGUCACUUGAAGGCUUGCGUUCGGUUCUGCUGUCCCAACGGAAAAAUGUUGGCCCACGGCAAGUGCAGCGAUGUCCUCGAAAAGGAACUUCUCCUUACCCGUCUCCACUUGAGUAAAACCCUCAAAAAUCAAUCGGUGGAGGAGCUGCCCGAUGUCUCACAACUGAUUGUAUUAAGGGACCAGUCCUGCGAGGAGAGGAACAGAUUGGGGCCGUUUCCUUAUACUGUGUUAAAGAACGGAACCGCCCUAUCCAAAGACUACAACUGGACGUUACACAAAGGGGAUAGCCUUACCUAUAUGUCUUCAGUUUUAACGAAGUUGCGAGCGGGGGUGCGUGAGGUCGCCGUAACUUCAAUGAUAUGCUAUAUCCUCACGAUCUCUGCAUAUCUAUACGUGAAAAAACUUCGAAAUCUGACUGGCAAGUGCUUUAUCUGCUGCCUCAUUUGCAUGUUCAUGAAAUGCUUCAUUUGGAUGCUGGAUGCUUGGAAUUUGUUGGACAACUUUCGUUCACCAGCUUGUUACAUAACACACUUCUUCUGGUUGGCUUCAUUUCUUUGGUUUUUUGUCUUAAACCAUAAGUUGUGGAAGGAUUUUGGGAGUGACAAAAGUAAGAUUUACCGGGAAAUUCCUUUCGUGUUCUACAACGUUUUUGUGUGGAACACUGCGGCUGUCCUGACCGGAGUUAUCAUUGUAAUAAAUGUUUUACGGAAGAAAGAAACAUGGUAUCUUAACCAAUAUUUUGUAACGAUCAAAGACCCGGAUUGGCUUACUCUAAUCUACUUCUAUGGACCGAUGCUGAUCCUGACCAUCUUCAAUACAUCCCUUUAUAUCCUCACAUCAAUUACUAUCCUUAAUAAAGAGAGGGAAGUGAAGAAAGGGUUGCCUUUCUUUCUGGAAAGUGCAUGA